AUGGGUAAGAAAAAGAACACGGCGAUGCACGCCAUUAAAACUGUUUUGAUGAAGGAAAAGAACCUUGCACAGAAAAAGAAGCGGGAAAUGGAUAGCCAUCACGAAGUACCGGAGCAGGUGCUAACGAAGGUGAAGGAUACUGCUGCUGUGCGCUUUCAGCGGAACCAAUUAACCGUCGCAGCGCCGCUGCAAACGAACAUGUUUCUCUCCUACAACAAGAGUCUUGGACCGCCAUUCCAUAUUUGGCUUGACACAAACUUCAUAAACUUCUCCAUGCAGAACAAGAUUGAAAUUGUGGAAGGAUUGAUGGACUGCAUGCUUGCGAAAGUCAUCCCGUGUGUAUGUGAUUGCGUGAUGGCAGAAUUAGAAAAACUCGGAAAGAAAUUUCGGAUCGCGCUGAAAAUCGCACGUGACAAACGUUUCAAGCGUUUGACAUGUGACGGCAAGUACGCGGAUGACUGUGUUGUACGGACUGUAACACAACAUCCAAUUUACAUCGUGGCAACAUGCGACCAGGAGCUUAAGCGGCGUCUGCGUAAAAUACCUGGCGUACCCAUCAUGUACAUUUCAAAGCAUCGCUACACCAUUGAGCGGUUACCAGAGGUCUAUGGAGCUCCAGCUUAA